AAUAAUAUGGAAUACUAUCUUAGAUGGGAGUACACCACUUUAUUCUCCCAAGGCUCCUCUACACACGCACUGUACUGCCUUUUGAUUUAGGAGAGAAAUUUUUUCCCUCUGAACUUCCCUUGUGCUUUUUUUUCUAUGUUCUGAGUUUGUGUUGACUUUCAGCCUUCCGUUCCUUUUGUUGUAUUUGACCUGGUGCCAAAUGAAAGUCAGCACUUAAGUUAUGAGUAUCAUUUUCUAACACAGUGACAGAAGGAAAACUCCGCCUUCCACACCCACUACUAAUUACCAUACUGCUACAAAACAUGACAUUGCAUCCUUCACCCAUCACUUGUGAAUUUUUGUUUUCCACAGCUCUUAUUUCUCCAAAAAUGUGUUUGAGCCACUUGGAAAAUAUGCCUUUAAGUCAUUCAAGAACUCAAGGAGCUCAGAGAUCAUCCUGGAAGCUGUGGCUCUUUUGCUCCAUAGCUAUAUUCCUUUUUCUUUGCUCCUUCAGUUGGCUAAUCUUUAUUUUUCUCCAACUAGAGACUGCUAAAGAGCCUUGUAUGGCUAAGUUUGGACCAUUACCCUCAAAAUGGCAAAUGGCAUCUUCUGAACCUCCUUGCGUGAAUAAGGUGUCUGACUGGAAGCUGGAGAUACUUCAGAAUGGCUUAUAUUUAAUUUAUGGCCAAGUGGCUCCCAAUGCAAACUACAAUGAUGUAGCUCCUUUUGAAGUACGGCUGUAUAAAAACAAAGACAUGAUACAAACUCUAACAAACAAAUCUAAAAUCCAGAAUGUGGGAGGGACUUAUGAAUUGCAUGUUGGGGAUACCAUAGACUUGAUAUUCAACUCUGAGUAUCAGGUUCUAAAAAAUAAUACAUACUGGGGUAUCAUUUUACUAGCAAAUCCCCAGUUCAUCUCCUAGAGACUUGAUUUGAUCUCAUUCCCUUCAGCACAUGCAGAGGUGCCAGUGGGUGGAUUGG